AGGGGGCGCAGCGAGCUCCUCCCGCUGCUGAAGCUGCGCCCGCUGAUGGUCAAAUUCGACCGCGAGGAGCAGGUGUUGGACACGGAGGAGCCUCAUGUCGAGCUCCACGUGCUGCUCCCAGAGCGCCGGCGCGGAUGCCCCUCCGAAGGCCUGGGCUUUGAGCUCGCUAAGAGAGGCCACCUGCCCACCGUGCUCGAGGUGCAAGAGGACAGUCCAGCGUGGUGUGCUGGAGUCCGGGAUGGCGACGGCAUCCUCGAGGUCAACGGCGAGUCGACGCUGACCCUAUCCAAGGGGGCCAUGACGUCUGCGCUUGCACAGCAAGCUGAGCUGACGAUUUGGCGGCGCCCCAUGGGCAUGAAUUUGGAGGAGCUGUGGGUGGCGAGCGUGCCGCCCAGCCGGGGGGACUGAGUCUUCCUGCCCCCGGCGGAGCUGCGCCGGCCGGCCUGCGACUUUUUCACGCUGCCCGCCCUCCCUCCUCGGCCACGCGCAGAGGGGGGGUACACGCCGGUCGUUGAAAGCAG